UCGGACGCCGUGGUGGGCGUGGACUAGAAAUGUCCCUCCUGUCCUAAAAGUCCUUCUUUGUCGUUGUUUUUCUGACACCCUCAUCACAUCAUGUUGCUGAGGAGCUGCUGCACCGUCUGGAUUCUGCUUUCAGGCAUCGCUGCUGCUGCAGUGUUUGUAGAGAAGCAUGAAGCCAACAGAGUGCUGCAGAGAUGGCGGCGAGCGAACAGCGGCUUCCUGGAGGAGAUGCAACAAGGAAACCUGGAGAGGGAAUGCAUUGAGGAGACGUGCGACUAUGAGGAGGCUCGAGAAGUUUUUGAAGACGACGGCAAGACGAGGCAGUUCUGGCUGACAUAUGAUCGUCGUGAGCCCUGCCUGGUCAACCCAUGUCAGAACAAUGGCACAUGUGUUUACUUAGAGACUUCCUACCAGUGUUUCUGUCCUGACGGGUUUUGGGGACAAUACUGUCAGACAGCGGUGGAGGACUUACUGAAGUGUCUUUACCAGAACGGACAAUGUGAGCAUUUCUGUGACGGCUCGGGAGAGAGUCUCAAAUGUUCCUGCGCUGACGGAUAUAAUCUGGGAGUUGACGGACGAAAGUGUAUCGCUCAAGUGGAGUAUCCGUGUGGUCAGCUGCCUCCACGGGAAACCGGUAUGAACCAGAGCGCUGUGGGUCAGAUCAGGCUGGUGGGAGCUAACCACUGUCCCAGAGGAGAGUGUCCCUGGCAGGUUCUGGUUCAGUUAAACGGAAGCAGUCACUGCGGAGGUGUUCUGAUCAAUGCGGACUGGGUCGUCACCGCUGCCCACUGUGUCCAUGGCAUCAACCCUCAGAACCUCGCUGUGGUGGCAGGGGAACACCACUUGGACGUUGAAGAGGGCACGGAGCAGAGGAUUCCCGUUUCCCUGGCGGUCGCCCAUGAAGCCUAUGUCCCAGCGACGGGUGACAGCGAUGUUGCCUUGCUGCAGCUGAGUCGCCCCGUCACCUUGAAUCGCCACGCCAUCCCCAUCUGCCUGCCCAUUAAAGACUUUGCCGAGCGGGAGCUCCUGCCGGUCCGCUACCACACCGUGUCCGGCUGGGGCAAGAGGACCGCCGGGGGCAACGCUGUGAAACCCAGCGGCCCGCCCGUUGUCCCAGUCUCCCCCGUCAUUCGCAAGUUUCCCGUCCCCAUCAUCCAGAACUCCCAGUGCUCCCAGAGAGCCCGGUUCAACUUCACCGACAACAUGCUGUGUGCCGGAUACCUGGAGGGUCAGCGGGAGAGCUGCCGCGGGGACGACGGGAGCCCACUGGUCACGCUUUACGGGAGCACCUAUUUCGUCACCGGCAUCGUGAGCUGGGGCGAAGGCUGCGCACGCAAAGGCAAAUACGGAGUCUACACCCAGGUGUCCAAGUACAUCGGCUGGAUCCAGGAAGGCAUGAAGAAGCUAAUGCCCAAAGAGAAGAGUGGCAGGAGGGCGAAGAGGCACCACGGCCCCAUCAAGAGGCUGUUUCUGUAAGACGGCGGAUUUCAUUUUUCUUCUCAAGUCCACUGAGUAGAGCCACACAUUGUUCUUCUUAUGUAAUCACUGAUUUUAUGUUUGAGACUUCUACACAGUCACAUUUCUGCCACAGACAGUCAUAAUUUAACAUUUAUCACUGAUUUAAAGACAUUACUGACAUUCUUAAAGCUGCAUUAAUUAAUUUUUCUUGCCACUUGCAGGCAGCAGAACAGCCUGUAAAAACUACUUUAUAAAGAAGUUGUGUCUGACAUAUUAGCAACCAGCUGCCUACGUCCACACCCAGCAGACACAGAGCAACACGAUCUUCUCAUUGAGAUUGUUCAUUAUUACUUGUGGGGUUCCUCAGGGAUCAAUUCUUGGUCCUUCAUAUUUUCUACUUGGUUAAAGCUGCAAUAAUUGAUGCCUUUUUUUGUUCAAAUGAGGCAGCAGACCAAACUGUAAACAUGUUCAUCUCAUCUGAUUAAAGUCUAAUAUUGACUCUCUUUUAGCUCCGUUUUUGGUCUCCACCAUCUGAACAGUCUCUAAGUCUGUCUGCUGUUUGCUGAUGGAAACAGUUUGCUGUUCAGUAUUAGAAAAAAAUAUGUCAGCACAGUUUGGACCAGGAGGAACUGAAAUUAAAAUUGAACUGAAAUUAUGUAAAAAAAACAAGUUUUGAUGUAUUUUUUAUUACUCACUGUCAGAAAUUUGCUUUUUAAACUGAAUUAAAAGCAAAUAAAGAAAUAUUACAACA